AUGCCAUCUUUGACGGAACAACUAUGGAAAAAUACAGCUGAAAUGUUCGAGCAGCGUGCCAAUUUUCCUCAUUGCUUAGGAGCAGUUGAUGGGAAACAUAUUAGAAUUAUAAAACCAACAGGAACAGGAAGUCAACAUUUUAAUUACAAACAUUAUUUUUCAAUAGUGCUAUUAGCGGUUGUUGAUGCAAAUUAUAAAUUUUUGUACAUCGAUGUCGGAUCUUUUGGGAAGGACUCCGAUUCAACCAUCUUUAAGAAAUCUACUUUAUGGAAUCUUUUAACAAGAAAUGAAUUAAAUAUCCCUAAAGCAUGUCCAAUAACAAAUACUAAUGUUGUUGCAAAUUACGUAUUUGUUGGUGAUGAAGCAUUUGGUCUUUCUGAACAUGUUCUACGUCCUUAUGGUGGAACGCGUGGAAGGAACUUAACAAAUAAAAAACGCAUAUUUAAUUAUUGUUUAUCUCGUGCUCGUAGGUACGUGGAAUGUGCUUUCGGUAUACUGUCCAAUAAAUGGAGAAUCUUUCAUCGGCCAUUGAAUGUUAAUACUGAAUUGGCAGAUAAUAUCACUAACGCGUGUUGUGUUUUGCACAAUUUUGUACGUGAAAGAAAUGGAAUCGAUUUUAAAGAUUCCCUUACAGUGGAAGGUUUUGAGGAAAUAAAUCCAGUAAUUGUUGAUCGUGGAGGAAGAACAGCUAUUGAUAUGAGGAAUAUAUAUGCUGAUUAUUUUUAUUCAGAAGGAGCAGUUUCAUGGCAACAUGAUAAGUAG